CAUUCCACAGACAGGGCCCCCAGCUCCCAUUUCCUCAACCCUCUGCUCCCAGACAUAGGGUUAAACUCCCAAUUCCCAGGCCUGAAAUAAGGGGGAAUGAAACAAUGAGCAGACAACCCAGCAGGGCAGGGAGACCUCUCACACCAGAGCCGUUCUCGUCCUUUUAGAAGGCGACUCAAAGCUACAUCUCCCCGAACUCAGCGAGCUCGGGACAGCGCUACUGCCUGCUCUGCACGGCGCACCCGGCCAGGCUGGACGGGGCUGCCUGGGCUGCUGGAAGCUGUCCCUGUCCCUGUCCCCGUCCCUGUCCCUGUCCGCCAGGGCUGCUUCCAGCCGGGGCGCCCCGCGGUUCCGGGCUCGCUCCCGGGCUCGCUCCCGGGCUCGCUCCCGGGCUCGCUCCCGGGCUCGCUCCCGGGCUCGCUCCCGGGCUCGCUCCCGGGCUCGCUCCCGGGCCGGCGGGAGCGCGCGUUUCCAUGGCAACCCCAACAGCGGCGGAACGCUCGGAGCUCGGCCAGGACCCUCGGAACUCGGCCAGGACCCUCGGAACUCGGCUAGAGCCCUCGCAGCUCGGCCAGGACCCUCGGAACUCGGCCAGGACCCUCGGAGCGCGGCCAGAGCAGCGCGCAGGGGACAGGGACAGGGACAGCGCCGGAUCAAAGACAACAUCCUGACAUACAGCAUCAACAUCUAAAGGUCUCUCUUCCAAACUUGAAAUGGAAACCCUCCUUGCACUGCCAGAGAGCACAGAAGAGGAUGAAGAAAACCCAAAGAAAAAUCCAUUUAAAGUCCCAUCAGAUACUGAACUUUUCUCAGUAAGGGACAAGGAAAUUAAGAAGGCACAGGUGGAACGUGAAAAGAAGAAAACUAUGAAAGUCCAUGAGAAAACGACUUACUCCACAAGAAUGAAGGCAAAAAGUGGGUUGAGGAAGGCUUUGAAAAGGGAAGAAGAAGAGGAGAGCAAGAUAGAGGCGACACGUGAAGAGAGACUGAAAGUUCGUCAGGAGAUGCUUUCACAGAAGUUAGCCAUGAAAAAAGAUUAUGCAUUCAACAGGGAGACCUUCCAUGACUACCUACAGAACAGAAAACAGAUCUUUUAUCUUGAGCAUGCCAUUGCAGUAAAGCGAGGGGAGAUUCAAAAGAUGGAGAACAUAGCAAAGAAUGAGGAAAAAAAACUGGAAAAGGCUGAGAGAAGACUGGAGAAGGACGCUGCCAUGUUUGAUAAGUUCCUGAAGGAGAACCAUAAUAACACUGUUGAAGCACUGAGAAUAGCCAAAAGAGAAACUUCAGCAAAGAACAAGAAAAUAACUGAGAUCCAGGAAAUCACUACUGAAAUAAAGCAACUCCAAAGUGACAUCUCCAGAUUUAAGGACACUCUGAAGGAGUACAAGAUGUACAGGGACAUCCUCUACCACCUAUCUCCAAAGGAGUGGCAGGAGAAACACAGAAAAAGGCACAAAAAAGAAAAGGAUAUGAAGACAGAACCCAAAAUUAAUGAAGGAAGUGCUUCACCUCCCUCCACAGCAGGGCAGAACCAGGGUUCGACAGCCAGGACAAACGCUGCCCACAGUUUUAUGGAUAUGCCAAGUUCCCUGCAGUUUUCAGCAAGUUUGGAUUUCAGUUCAUGUGAUCUCAGGCCACAGCUUAAACAGUUCCUGAAGCCUCUUUUGUCAAGAGAACUAAGUUCAUUGGAGGAUGCAGAGAGUGAAAUCAGCUCAGACGAGGAUGAGGAGCCUGAGCUCUACUUUACUGAUCCCAAUCAAUUGCUGAUUGCUUUGAAGGAGAUGCAGGAUGAGAACAUAUCCCUCAUCCUGAACUCCCAGGAUACUGAGGAGAGUUGGAACAAGUUCCAACAGACUUUCAUCACCACACAUGAAAGCAUGGAGAAGGAGUUGGCAGCGCUCAAACAGCAGGUAAACACCCUCCGAGCCUCUGUUGCCAAGGAAGAAGAGAAAGUAGCUGAGCUGAAGCUCAAAGUUCAGCAGUUUUCCUCAGAACACAAAGCCGAUGACCAGGACAAACAGCUCACAAGCCUGAACAAGAGCGUGCUGGAAGUCUAUCUCCAGUGCACUGGAGACAAUGAGACAAACCUGCCAACAGUAGAGAUGUUAAAGGUAAUAGAAAAACGGGUCAACGAUUUACUGGACAGCAUGGAGGGAAUCCCACCAGCAAAGAUAGAAAAGGCCAUGAAAGCCAUAAGAAAGGAACAGAGGGCAAGGCUCAGAGAGGAAAAGCAGAAACAAGCAAAACAGCAGCAGGAUGAAGGAUUGAAAAGGGACAUGAAAAGAUCACAGGUACCUGAAAAAAAAAAGACAAUGGCCUUGGCUUCCAAACCACCUGCCAGGAAGGAGAAGAGCAAGGAAACAGAUAAGAAGGAAGAACAAUUGUAUUAUUUCUCCUGAUGGCACCGCCUUAACCACAGGUCAUAGGGCUGAUGCUGUUCUAGAAGUCUUUCGUAAAUUUACAACUGUGUCAGUCUUUGCUCAGCUGAACUUUACUGUCCCAUGAAAUUUCCUUCUUCUCCUACCCUAAGAUUCCAGGGAAAGUUUGCAACCCCUCUUCCCUCCUUUGGUAUUUUGCCUAAGAAAAUAAAUAAAAAUUCUCUCAUUUUGCAUCUCAA